CUUUAACAUCAAGCGGCGAUUGUGCAGCUAGUUUUUAUUUAAAUUUAUUAAUAAAACGAUGGUAAAUCCACCGCCGGGAUGAUGGACCUACCGCCAGCGCCGCAAGCUAGAAAUGGCCCCGAGUUCGAGCAGAUGACCAAGAACAAGCAGAAGGGCAACGCCAAGUUUCAGUUCCUCUACGGCGGCGAAUACUACAAUUAUUACCAGUAUAAAGUACAAGCCGAGCAAGUUGUACUCAAACAGCAAGGCGCAUGGACACAACCACCAAACACCAAUCCACCACCACCACCCCCACUAACCACCAUAAUUACACCCAGUAUAGACAUCAUACAACUCCGCACACAAAUUGAGAGCCUCCAGGAGCAAAUAAAGCAAAGCGAGCAGAAUUUACAAGCACAACAUGCUGUUUUAAUGCAACAACAGCAAGCGCAAGUUGAUGUGGUGCUCUCGGAGUGUGAAAUCAAAGGCAAUCAACAGGAUGCAGACGAGUUACAGAUCACACUCACUGAAUUAAAUGGUCUACUGGCUCCUAUCAUUGAUAAUUGUACAAAAGACAGCAUACAAACGGGAAAAUCUUGGAUUUUACAGCAUGCAACUGAUAAAGAAAAGGCUUUAUGCAUUGCAAGAAGCCUGUUAUUGAAGGUAAUACAAGGUACGCCUACUUUCACGCAUCGUUUACACAUAAUUUACCUUGUAAAUGAUGUUUUACACCAUUGCGCACGUAAAAACGCCGCAGAUUUGAAAGACGCGCUUGAAUCCGUCGUUGUUCCGAUGUUCUGCAGCGCCAGUAGCUCAGCAACGGACGAACAACGAACUAAACUCGAUAAACUCCUCCAACUUUGGGAAUCCAAAGCGAAUUAUCUCGAUCCACUCACGGUGGAAGCCAUGCGUAAUCCUGCGGAGAGUUUACAGCAAUUCAAAGCUGAACAAUAAAAAUUCAGCGGGGAAAUUGCGCUGUUGUCGCAAAACACACAGAAUACUUUUGAAGGUUAUCGCGCGCAGCAUCAAGCGUUUGUUUUGCAUGCAAGUCAACAGAUUCAGGAAUUAGAAGCGAGGAUUACAGCUGAAGAGACUUUACCACCGCCGAUAAAUCCGUCAGUUCCUCCUCCGCAGUUCACACAACCUCCGCCAGGGUUUUUCGCUCCUCCACCGAUAUUUCCGGACUUUUCACGUCCUCCGCCUGGUUUUAUCCCGCCUCCAGCGGAGAUACUCCAAGAGGAGUUGAUGCCGACUGUUCCUUACUAUGAAUUACCCGCUGGGUUGAUGGUUCCGUUGAUUAAACUCGACGAUACGAAGUUUAAGCCGCUGGAUGCUAAAAUGAUACGUUUACCGCCGCCAGCGCCACCUAGCGAUCGAUUAUUAGCUGCUGUGGAUGCUUUCUAUGCUUUACCAUCACAUGACAGGCCUAGGGAUGCAGAAGGAUGGGAAAAAUUGGGUUUAUAUGAGUAUUACAAAGCGAAAAACCUCGCAAAGAAAGAAAAAGAGGAACAAAUCGCGAAUGGGUUGAGAGAAGAGUCCAGAUCACCCAGUCCUGUUCAGAUAAUCCAUGAAAAAAGUCCUUCUCCGCCUCGGAGACGAUAUACCAGUAAAAGUCCAUCGCCUGCGGUCAAAAGAAGUCGCAGUCAUUCAAGGUCACGGUCAAGGACACCGCCGAGGAAGCCACAUCGUGACAGAGAACGUGAUCGCGAACGGUCUAGAGAUAAAGAUAGAUCCAGAGAUAGAGAUAGGGAUCGUGAAAGGAGGUCCAGGAGAAAACGGACGAGGUCUUGUUCAAGGUCAAAGUCAAGGUCACCUUCGCCAACGCUUUUUAGACCGUCGAAUACAAUGGCGCCGAUUAAUCUCAACGCGGCGGAGAGUUUAGACUCGUCGAAUAAAGGACAUCAGAUGAUGAAGAGGAUGGGUUGGGGUGGCAGUGGUUUGGGUGUUAAUGAGCAAGGAAUUGACGCGCCCAUCAGUGGUGGAGAUGUGAGAGACAGGCAGGAUCAGUUCAAAGGAGUCGGGUGUAAUUUGAAUGAUCCGUAUGAGAAUUUCCGCAAGAAUAAAGGCGCUGCUUUUAUUACGAGGAUGAAAGCGAGGGCUGAAGAAAGGGCGCAAGAGAAGCAAGCGCCAACGGAUUAUUAAUAGUUUGGAUGGAUUGAUGUGCUUUUUAGAUUGGACUUUAAUAGUGUAUACUUUCAUUAUAAAAUAAAUAAUUACAUUUAUUUAAUUGUACGUAUUCAAUAAAUUUUCAAAGAUU